AUGCUUGUUAUUAGAAAGAAUUCGUAUCAACGAUUGAUAAACGUUAGAUAUUUUACUACAAAUUUUAUGAAGUUUUCAGGGCACAGUAAAUGGUCCACCAUCAAGCAUGAUAAAAUGAAAAAUGAUUCAUUGAAAAACAAAAUCUCCAAUAGGUUUUCCAACCAAAUCACUACUGCGGUCAAAUUAAAGGAUCCACAAUUAGCAGCCUUAAUUGAAAAGGCAAUGAAGAGUAAUGUUUCUAAAAAAGUCAUUGAGAACGCUAUUAAGAAGGGACAAGGUAUAUCAAUUAAUGGUGGAAACAGUACCAUGUCUAUCAAUCUAUAUGAAGGAGUUGGGCCCGAAGGAUGCAGUAUAAUCAUUGAGACAUUGACAGAUAAUAAAAAUCGCACUGUAUCUUUAGUCAGAGGACAUUUUAAUAAGUUUGGUUAUAACAUGACGGGUAACGGGUCAUGCUUACACUAUUUUAAUAAAGUUGGAAUAAUUAAAAUUAGUAAAGAUGCAUGUGAGCAGGAUGAGGUUGUGACUCAAUCUUUAGAUGAGGAAGAAGUUUGGGAAAAAGUGAUAGAUAUUGAUGGAAUAAUUGAUAUUAAAAGAAAUUUUUGUAAUGACAAAUCAACUGUGAAGGGCACAGAAGAGGAAAAGGAAGAAGAAGAAGAGGGAUGGUUAUUUAUUAUAACAGAACCAAGUGAUACCAGUAAAAUUGCACUGAAAGUUAAAGAUCUAGGAUAUUCUAUUGAACAUACCGGGAUUGAAUAUAUGGCAAAUGAGGAAACUAGGAUUCAAAUUAAGGGGAAAGACAAACGAGAGUCAUAUAAGAAAUUUAUUGAGGGUUUACAGGGCUUGGAUGAUGUAGUAAAAGUGUAUACGAACGCUCAACUAUAA